ACCUCCCUACCACGAACCGCAGGCCCGUCAUCCCCACCUUGCCCCAAACGCGCCAGGACAGCCACGCUCAACCACGCCUACGUCGCCCUCCUCAACGAGGACAUCCUCGACGCAGCGGCCCGCUUCACGCCGCACCACGACGGCGCGGAGCCGCUCGCGCCGUCGCAGAUCGGCCUCGCCGUCUGGAGCGCCGCCGAGAAGGCGCUCUUCUUCGAGGCGCUCGCCCGCCUCGGCCGCGACGACGUCGCCGGCAUCGCGGCGCGCGUGCGCACCAAGGGCCCCGCCGAGGUCGCUGCGUAUCUGCGUCUCUUGGGCGACGAGAACGCGCGCGCGCGGUCGCGGCCGCGGUCGCGGCAGGGAGGGCAGGGGAGUGCGGCGGCGGCUGCUGGAGGCGCGGCGUUGGUGGCGCCGUGGGAGGUGCCGGCUGCCGUGGAGAUCAGUCAGGCGUGCUGUGCGGCGUUGGAGGAGGCGGCGGAUGGGGUGGCGGCGCGGCAGGAGGCGCACGAGGAGGCGGAGGAGAGGAAGCGGUGGGGUCGGGACGGGGAGCAUUGGUUGAUUGGGCCGUGGAAUUUCAGGGAGGCGGAGGCGGCGAGGCCGGAGAGGAUGCCGUGGCUCCGGUUCUUUAGGGUGCGGAACUGGCUGCGGCUGAGCGAGCGGGUGUUUAUGAACUCGGCGCUGGACGAGUAUAGCUGGGCCAGCGUGGCCGGGGAGCAGCCGGCCGUGAGGGCGACGGCGCUGGAGGAUUUCCACGCGCUGGCGGUCGCGGUGACGAGGAGGCUUGUUGCGGCGACGAUGUUUGUGGCGGAGUCGAGGGUGAAGGCUAGGAGGGAGCUCUACCCCCUGGAGAGGAGUAGGGUGUGGAAGGGCGACGUCGAGGCGGCGGCCCUGUCGUUGGGGCUGCCAACAAACAGUCGCACGUUCUGGGCGAGGUGUGCCCGCCGGCUGAGGCUGGACGUGUACGAUGAUGAGAAUGGAGAUGGUGGGGGUUGGGACGGGGAAGACGAGCAGGACCCCAUGUCGUUUGACGACGUGGAGAAGGCGCUGGGUUUGGAGCUGGAGAGCGCCGAGGGAGAUGCCGGCCCUGAUGAGACGACCAAGUCAUCAGAAACCGAUGAGGAGAUGGACGACGACUUUUCCUCCUACGAAGAACCCCUACCAGAUGCAGACGAGGCGGAAGAGGCGGCCGUCAGCCGCGAGAUGAACGAGCUGCUUGUCCACUCGGCGCUCGAGUACCCGAAAUCGUCAAUAGCACGCGGCGUGUUGAAGAAACGAAUCCGUGCCGAGCGCGCACACGAGGCGUACGCCGAUCGGCUGGAUGCCCGGGCGUCGUACUACGAAGAAAAGCGGCUGUGGGCGAUGCUCGAGCGGCAGCCGCCGGUACCGCUGAUGAAGGUGGAUGUUCCGGACGAGCCGCCGAAGUGCACA